AUGACCAUAGUCUCAAAUGAUCCCACUUGGUGGCCGUCCAUCAAUGCAAAUCGUUUUUAUAGCUAUUUUGUAGUUGCCGCCUUGGUUGGAGUGACGUAUGAUUGGGCACUUACAUUCGGACAAGAGGUCGAACUCGUCUGGUUAAUGCCAGAGGCAACGUUGGUCCCCGAUGACAGUUCUGUAUCUCAGCGUGCGCUACCUUGGAAUCGUAUAUGCUGCCUUGAACAUGCUAAGCGAUGUUCCGACCACCUCGUUGACAGAUACAGUUGGAUUACGUACGUCGUACGGAAUUGGGUGGGUGUUGUGGUAUUUGCAAUGCUAUGGGUCAUCAUCAUCAUUCGGUUGCAUGCCAUGUAUCAAGGAUCCAGAAAGAUCUUGAUAUUUCUCGUUGUCACCUUCCUGGCCGUCAACAUUUUUGACGGAGUGAACUCUGUACUGAUAACGAUGUAUGCUUCGGAGGAGGAACUCAUUCUCUCUGGCACAUAUCAGUGCACGAUUGACUAUACGGGAGAAAUCCUCCUUAUAAAUUCUGUUGCUUGGAUACUUUCCGUUGUGUGGGAGGUCCUUGCACUGUGUCUCGCAAUCCGGAUUGCCAUAAAACACUUCCGUGAAUCGCGGCAAUAUUCGACAGGAGAAAUUAUCCAGGACUGUUUCACGGUGUUGAUCCAAACUCACGUACUUUACUUUGCCAGCGUUGCUGCUGUUUCUUGCCUCGAGCUCAUUAUUAAUUUAUCCCCGAUACUCGUAACAGACCAAGAUUCUAUAGAAGUUCACACUUUUUAUGGCUUGCUUCAGAUUUUGAAUGUGGUUCAGAUGUUUGUGCUGGGACCACGCCUAAUCCUUGGCGUUCGAGAGUAUAACGCUAAACUCGUGGCCGACUCCGACGCAGCAACCUGCGUAACCUCAGUCGCUUUCCAAGAGCGUGUGCAUAUAUCGACUGACGGUGGUGUGUAA